AUGCCUUCUCAGACUAAAGCUGCUAAAAUUAACUCAGAUACUCAAAGAGAAGCUAAAAUUCAAGAGGCUAUUAAUGCUAUUGAAUCUGGAAAAAUUCAAAAUGUAACUAGGGCAGCCUCAGUCUAUCAAAUACCUUAUAGAACCCUUUACAAUCGAUACCACCAUUGUCACAAAAAUAAAUAUAAAGCUCAAGCAUCAAAAAAGCUUCUUAGUAAUUCAGCAGAAACAUCUUUAUCUGACUGGAUUACUCUUUGGGGGAAUAAUGGUACUGCUCUUAAUCAGAGAGGGGUUGGUUCUAUUGUUGAACGUAUUUCUGGAGUACAUCCUUCAGAUUUUUGGUGUCGAUCUUUCAAAGCACGUCACCCAGAGCUUAAAGUGUCACGUGCUUCUGGUCUUGAUCCUAAACGUGCACAAGCAUUCAAUCCUACAACUGUUAAUCACCAUUUCUCUCUUCUUAGAGAUUUGGUUGAGAAACAAAGUAUUCCAGUGGAGAACAUUUAUAAUAUGGAUGAGAAGGGUAUUCAAUUAGGAGGAGGAAGAAAGGGCAGGAAACAGAAGUUCUUUUUUGGUCAAGCAUCUCAUCAAAGGAAUUGUACUCGUCUUAGGGAUGGAAAUCUUCAACUUGCUACUAUUAUUGAGUGUAUCUGUGCAAAUGGAUCACUAGUACCUCCUGGUUUUGUUCUUGAAGGGAAACAAGGCUUCUGUCCAGAAUGGUUUAACAAUGCACAAAUAGGACAAGAAUACAUGGUUUCAAUUACAGAGUCUGGAUGGACAAAUGAUUUCAUCUGUUCUGAAUGGUUCAAACAGAUAUUCAUUCCUCAUCCAGUCUUAUUAAUUUUUGAUGGCCAUGGAUCACACCUUACAGAUGAAAUGGUUGAGCUUGCAUUGCAAAACUAUGUUCACCUUUACCAACUACCUGCUCAUACUACACACAAGCUUCAGCCUCUUGAUGUUGGAAUCUUCACUCAUGUUCAAAGGAAAUGGGAGCAAUAUGUGGAUUCGGUGGUUGAGACUACAGGACAGGGAAUCAAGAUACCAGAUAUUGUACAUCACUAUCUUACAAUUCGAAAGGAAAGCAUUUCUCCUGACACUAUCAAGAAGGCCUUUACUAGUUCUGGUAUCAGUCCUGUAAACCCA